AUGUCUGUGGAGAAGAAGCUUUCGCUGGAGCAACGGCUGUCGCUCGCUGCGCGGAAGGGGAAGAAAAAGUCCAGGGUCGGAAGACCUGGAGGCAGUGCUGUUACACCUGAACCGGCAGUGGUUUCGAAGGAUGGGGUUGUUCAAGAUCCCCUCGAGGUCAAUGAUGAUGCUGCUGCUGCUGGGAUUGAAGGUGGUUUCGGCGCCGCUGGUACGGCAGCGUACGAUACUGACCUCUACAGUAAAUGGGUGCCCGAAACGGUGACGGAGAUGGACGCCGUGGCACUUUUGGCGCUGUUGGCCCCGCAUAUUAGGUAUUUGCAGGACAAAUUGAGUGCGAAGGACGACUCCAGUCUCAUGCGGUUGGUGAAGGAGAAGGACGCAACCGUUGAGAAAUUGAGGGCUGAUAAUGAACAAUCGCUUCAGAAAUUGAGGGACAGUUCGAAGACGAUAGACUCGCUUGGGAGUAUGCUGAAGCGGUGCAGAGGGGAACUCUCCGAGACGCGGCGCGGCACAGACGCCCUGUCGCAACAGAACUCUCAGCUGCAGAGGAAAUUGGAUGACUCCCUUGACGAAAUCAAGCAGUACUCCGGACAAACCGAGCUCGUGCAGCGAUUACAGUUAGCAUUGAGUGAGAAGACAGAUGAAGCGGACUCCGUGCGAAAUGAGAGCUCCCGUUUGCAAAACGAGCUGAGCAAAUUGCAAGAGACGCUCGAAACAGAGAAAGUAAAAUCCACCCACGAACUCAAUCUGCUCAAAGAAUCAUCUUGUGAACAAAUCAAUUCCUUGGAGACGAAGCUCGAACAGUUACGGAUCCAGCUCGAAAAUGUCACUUUGCAGGGCUCCGCGGAGACGGACUCCAAAUCGAAUGAGGACUGGAGCACACAGUAUGCGAUGUUGCAAGAACAGUUCAACUCCUCCAAGAGUAACUGGAACAGUAUAGAAUUCUCGUUGAACUCCAAGCUAGCGAAACUAAAAUCAGAAAUGGAGUCCCUGCAAGAGGAAAAUUCAAAACUGUCUACCCAGUUGAAACAGACAAAGGAGUCGCUAAGAGAUGUACAAGUAAAGUUAGGGGACACGGAGUCGGAACGUGUAGUAGCGCAAUCCACAAUCACAAAAUUGAGGGAGAAUGUCAACGCUUUGAACAAAAAUUGUGAUGAUCUAAGGGACGAUUACGCUCUUCUCCAAAAAAAAUACGCUCUCCAAAGAAGCCAAUUGGAGGGUACUAUCUUACAACCGGCCGCGAAAACGACUACCCAUAGCAUGCCGCCCUUCGAGGAGGAUCAAGAUUUGUUGAAGAAGUUGGAGAAUGAAUGGGCAUCUUCAGUGUCGCAGGAUGUACAUGAGUCGCCGAUAAACGAGGAGCUCUUGAUGUCAACUGGUACACCAGACCUUUCGCGUGUAGAGACCCAAGAACUGUUCAUGAAUAACGGCAGCAGUUCCAUGCCCACCACCCCUGUUCUAACGGACUCAAGGAAUAACAGUUUUUUCAAUGGUCUGGGGGAUAUCCCGGAGGAGGCAUCCGCCCUCAAGUCAUUGAACAAUAAGAAAAGCUCCGCAUCAUUGCUCAACUUGGCGGCUUCUCGCCGUAAAUCAAGUCUAACUCAAAUGGUGAAUAACGGACCCUCAGAAAAUAACACUGUGAUAAAUGAAACGAAUGCGGUCAGUAACGCUGCCUCUGCACAACAGAUAAACACCCAACUGGUAAGCAGGUUGGGGUCAGAGGUGAGGCGUCUAGAAAGCGAACUCUCCUCAUUGCAGCAAGCGUACGAGACACUGCAAGAGGAGAAGGACGCCAGCAACAGUGAGAUAUUGAAGUUGAUGGAGGAGAACGACGAGACUAAAAAGAUCAAAUUGAAAAACGAAGACCUCCAGCGGCAAGUAACUACUUUACAAGCUCAAUUAGAGACUGCGCUACAACUUCUUGGUGAAAAGACGGAGCGUGUGGAGGAGCUCGAAAAUGACGUAGAGGAUUUGAAGGAAAUGAUGCAACAACAGGUGCAACAAAUGAUAGAAUUACAAGAGAAGUUAAGAUGA